AAUCAUGUUGAAAACAAUAUUUUGCCGGGCAAAUUCGUUGCGAUCAGGAAAUUUGAUUGGUGUGACUAGAAAUUGUAGUGCAUUACAACAUCAAAUUAACAAAGAACACCAUCGAACCAACGAUAAAUCAAAGCAUUACCCGUAUUUGUUGACUUACGCAAGUUUGCCCACAUUUCUCGCAUUCUUUCAAAAGAAAGAAGACGAGGAAACAUCCAAAGAAACCUUUUUGGACAAAGUUCUACCCGAAGAGAUUGCCUUGCUACUGAAAAAGAAACCAGUUGAAGAUGAAACCACACCGGAAGGGAAGCUAAAAACCACAUUGAAGCGAACUAUACUGUGUAUUCGACGCGGUGAAUUCGAUAAGGCCGAACAAAUGGCGCAUUUAGCAUUGCGAAUGGCACAAGAUAUUCAAAGCUACGAUGGAAUCACUCUGUGCUUCGAUGUGAUGGCUAAUCUGGCAUUCGAACGUGAACUGUACCAAAAGGCAGAGAAACUCUUUGAAAAUGUACUACAACGACUUCUACAGAAGGGCGUUCCACAGGAUGAUAUACAGAUCCUCCACUUGAGCUUGAAAGUAGCUCAACUCGAUGAGUUACAAAAUAAGAAAGAUGACGCAAAAACCAACUAUGUGUGGACACUAUCAAAACUGGAUGAAAAACGAAAGAAGGAGCCAGGAGACCUUGAUCUCAAGGAAUUAUGGGGAUUGACAAACAAUUUCUACGGAAAGUAUCUCCUGAAAAAUGGUAAAUUCAAAGAAGCCGUUGAACGGCUAAAGAAUUCCCGUGAUGUUUUCAUUGAUGUACGUGGACGAUAUGAAGCCGAUUAUGUAAACAUAAUAAAUGAUCUGGCGGUGGCUUAUCUACAUGUCAACGACUUCGACUCAGCCGAACAGCACAUAGACGAAGCGUUAGUUUUGGCCAGUGCAUAUCCGGAGUUGAUGGAAACGGGCAUUUAUCAUGCAAACAAAGCGUUAAUUUGCUUGAAAAAAGGCCUGCUGAAUGACGCACAAAAAUUAUGCAAUCAUGCUAUUAAAGCCUCACAGCGAAGCAAUGACCCUGAUGGCAAAGAACAAGCUAAAUAUUGCCAAGAGGAAGUUGAGAAAGCUUUUAAAAAACGAAAAUAAUACCAAGAUGAUUAGAUGUGAAUUUAGUCAUUACAGCUCACGAUAAUGUUUGGCAAUACUUUCAUAUAAUUAAAGUCAAUGUUAUUAAUACUAAAAUGUUUCAAGAAUCUAAAAGAAAAA